AUGACGGAAGUAAGUAAGGAGAAUGUUUAUUCUCUGAGAACAAUAAAUAAAAGAAAGUCUUAUUCAAUAUUAAGUCCAGUGAAUCAGAGAACAAUCGAUAUCACUGCUAACAAGAAUGAAAGAAUCAUUAGUGAAUCAACAGGGCUAGUAAAAUUUUCCCUUUCCCCUAAUAAAGGUGAAGAAGAAAAUAUUAGUAAUACUCCAACCAAAUCGAAAGGUAAAACAGGGUUGCCUGUGUAUGUCCCGAUAAAUGAAGCAAUUAUUGAGCAAAAUGAAUCGUCGCAAGAAGACUUGAUGAUUCAGUUUGCUUCCAAGCAGAGAAAGUUAAUUGAAUUAGAAAAACAAGUUGAAGUAACAAAAUUUGAAUUGGCUGAAAUAGCUUCUAAAAUUGAGAAAGAUAUUGAACAACCAAAGGAAGAAACAAAUAUGAGUAACUUUAACAAUUUGAAUAAUUUGAAAAAGAGAGCAUCAAACAUAUUCCUGAUCAACCAGGGAAAUGUUAACAAUAAAACACACCACAAUUUCAAUUCUUCCAAAUCCCCAGGCACCAUUUCCCCUGUUAAAAAAACCAAAUCCAUAAAUAAUUUUAGCAACUACUUCACCAAAGUUCAAGAUCAAAUAAGUCAGACCCAAUUAAAUGCACCAGUGCUAAAGAGCUUUGUUAAAGAUGUCAGAAGUAGAAUUGAAAUUAAUGAUAAUGAAAAACUUAAAACAUUUUUGGCUACACAACAGAAUGAAUUUGAUGAAUUCACAUCUAAAACCUCUAAGUUUGUUAAUGGAUUAUUUAAUAACCGAUCUUCCAAAGAAGAUACGGAUAAAGAAGAAAUGGCAAACAGUUCAUUUAACUUCGAGGCAAUGGAAGAUUUCAAUAAUAGAAGUAUCUUAGAUGCUAAUGUUUCUCUAAGCGAGGAAGAAAAUAUCACAUUCGAAGAAGGUAUGGUGGAUAUAGACGAUUACAAUAGUAGCUUUGAAGAAGAAACCGCAAAUAAAUAG